CCACCACCACCAGUCAUCGAGAUCAGCAAAGCUGAGCAAGCUCGUAGAACCGAAGAGUACCUUCGGGUAAAAUCCGAAGAUGACAAGAUUCUCGCCAAACAUGGAUUCACCAGAAAGCCGGAACCAUCAAUCGAGAUCCAAGAGCCAGUUACCGAGCAAAUCCGUGACGAUGUUGUUGAGGCAGCGAUGGCUCCAGAAGUGCCAUUGAGACCAAGCGACGAGUUGCCACACUCACCAGUUCCAUCGUCGAAAUCUACUCCAGCUACCACUCCAAAAAUGUCGUUGAAGUUCAGAAAGGAUGGAAAAGAUGGAAAGCCAUUCGACUUUGGAAAGAGCAAAUUCACUUGCAAGCAUGAUGUGAUCAAGAGAGGAAAGGAAGUGGAAGUCAAGCUCGAGGGAAUCAAGUUGGGAAAAGAAGACAAUCUUCGUGUCGUUGUUAUGCCACCAGCCAACAAGGCGAUCCCAGGAGCCAAUGGUGGCCCACCAACCGAGGUUGACGCUAAGGUCAAGAAAAGCAGCAGCAAGUACGAGAUCACUUUCAAGCCAACCGAAGUGGGAACUCACAAAGUGUUUGCCUAUGUGAACGAGAUUCAACAUCCACUGUCUCCAUUCGCCGUCCGUGUCUACGAUGCGUCGGAAAUUAUUGUCGGAGAAAUUCCACACCAAUCAAAUCUCAAUGACACUGUUGAGUUCACAGUGGACGCUGGACGUGCCGGAUUCGGAAAUCUCGAAAUGGCUAUUAAGGAUGCUGAUGGUGUCAUCAUUCCAUCGCAUGUGGCGCAGUUGGAAAGUGGAUCCGCCAAGUUUUUGGUGACGUUCACACCAGCCACCAAAGGUGCCCACACCGUAAAUAUCACUUUCAAUAAGGAAGUGUUGAAGAAUUCUCCAUUCGAAGUGAAUAUUGUGGACGCUCCACUUCCUCCACCAGUCGCUCUAGAAGCUCCAGUAGGAGUAGCUGCCGUUGCUUCUCCAUCGUUGAGCAAAAAAGAGUUGAAGGAGCAGGAAAAGGAGAAGAAAAGAGAGGAGAAAGAACGUGCUAAACGUGAAAAAGAAGAACGAGCUACGCUGAAGAAGGAGAAAAAGAGUAAGACACAUCGUUUCCCUGCCAAAACGACCGUAUCCAAAAUUCCGUCACUUUCACGGGUUGGACAACCGUCCUCCCUUGUCGUUGAGGUAUCCGGUCACGAUCAGCUCGAGAUUCGCGUCCUUGAUAGCAAGAAAAAUGAAAUUGGAACAGAAAUCGUGGAAAUUGAGCCAGGACACAUGCAAAUCAACUUCACACCCGCUCAAGUUGGAGAUCACGAAAUUGAUGUUAGAUAUGGUGGUGUACCAGUCACGGGCUCCCCAUUCACCUGCAGAGCUUACGAUCCAGCUAAGAUCAAGGUCGGAGCCAUCCCAAAGGGUCUUCUUGACAAACCAGUCUAUUUCACCGUUGAUGCAUCUGAAGCCGGAGUUGGAAAUCUAGAGGUGGCUGUUUGUGAAGGACGUGUUCCAUCUAUGGCUCAUGCUCUUGGCCAUCAUAAGUACGACAUUUCAUUCGUCCCCAAAGAAGAUGUCGACCACACCAUUACUGUUCGUUUCAACAAUGAACCAGUACCAGGAUCUCCAUUCAUUUGCCAACUAGUCGCCACCGCCCAAGCAACAGCAACUGGAGCCGGAAUCGAGAGAAUUCCAGUUGACGAGGAAACUGAGAUUCAGAUCUUGACUGAGGACACAGAAAUCGCUCCAGAAGCCCGCGUUCGUGAUCCACAAGGAAAUGACUUGCCAGUCAAUGUCACUCGUAGCCGUGAAAACAACACUCUCCACAUCGCCACCUACGUUCCAAAAUGUGUUGGAAAUCAUUUGAUUGACAUCACUCUUGGUGGAGAAGCCAUCGCUGGAUCUCCAUUCACCGCAAAGGCAUAUGAUGCAAGGAAGACAGUACUUGUUCCACCAACCGGUGCCGUUGUUGGAAAACCAGCAACUUUCGUGAUCGAUGCGGCUAGAUCUGGAGCUGGAAACAUGGAGAUUAUUGUGUCUGUUGAUAACAGAAAUGUGCCAAACUUCGUCCAAGCCGAAGGCCAAGCCCGUUUUAAAGUCUCUUUCACUCCACAAGACGCAAAGGAUCAUACCAUCAGUGUGAAAUUCAACGGAAUCAGUGUCCCCGGAUCUCCACUCAUCUGCUCUGUGAGCCCAACAGGAGCUGUGCCAGCCGCCGUUGUCCUCCCAGCAGCCAUUGGAACUGGAGCUGCCGUGGCAGCCAGCCAGCACGCUAGACACACACCACAACACUCAUCAGAAGUGAUUCCAGUCAAGCAAACAACUACCACAGUGCUCCAGAAGACUCCAGAAAUCAAGGAGAAGGUUGAGAAGACUGGAUUGGCACGUGAGCUAAACUCGGCUCAAGUUGGACAGAAGAAGGGAUUCACCAUCGAUAACAUCAACAAAUCUUCCGAUUGCAAUGUGGUGAUCACAGGAGAACAUCUAGUGGAAAUCUAUUUGGACCAUGAAGUCAUCGACGAGUUUGUGAUCAAAAUCAAGGAUGAGAGACACACUCUUCCACCGGUGUGUCUUGCAGGACAGAAAUAUUCUUUUGAUGGUAAUUCUUUUGAUGGUUUUAGAUAUACAGCUAUUCUCAAUUUCAAAUUUUUAGUAAACUCCGAUGACAAAAACCAAGUCCGUGUUACUAUUCGAGAACCAUCUGGUCGAAUGCUACCAGUUCAAAUGGAAGACCUACCUGACGGCGGUGUACGCGUAUCCUCUCGCUUCAAAGAAGUUGGACCCCACUCGAUUGACGUUUUUGUUGAUGACCAACCAAUUGGAGAGCGCAAAAUGCAAACAGUGAUUGAUCCACUUAAUGGAGCACAAUUGGUUUCCGAGCCGAAACGUGAAAUCGUUGGAGAGCAAACCGAACUGAAGAUUUUGAUUGAUUCUGGUGUUGAGUCACAAGUCGAGGUGAUUAUCGAAGGACCGGAUAGAGAGGAUAAUGAAGUCUACAUGAAGAAGGUUUCGGAGACACUAUGGUCAGCAAUUUGGACACCACAAGUUGAAGGAGAACACGAGUUGUCAAUUUUGGUAGCUGGUGAACAAAUCCCAGGAUCUCCUUUCCCUAUUCAUGUAUUGGAUCCAUCUGCUGUUCGAGUCGUCGGCCUGAAGAAUGCUCCAGUUGGAGUUGAACAACAGUUCAGUGUUGAUUACACCAAUAGUGGCGCUUCCAUUGCUACGGUAGAAGUCAGACAUGGUGACCAACCAAUUCCAACAACGGUGAAGAAAAUGAAACCCGGACAACUUCUCUGCACAUUUACCCCAUUCGUUGACGGACCGCAUCAAGUCGAUGUGAUUAUUGAUGGAGUCCCAUUGACAGAAGGACCUUACGAAGUGUUCAUCAGUCAUCUUGGAACUGUUCGCGCUUCUGGAGACGCACUGAAAAAAGCGCAGCGUGCAAGAACCGCACGUUUCGAAGUGAUCAAUGUUGAACAGAAUCGUGGUGAACUAGAUGUGAUGGUGUCAGGUAAACCAUCAGAAGGAAUGAGAAGACACAAUUUCCCCAAGAACCCUGAUGCUUUCUUCUAUUACAUCUAUGCAAAUUACCAAACUCUUAAUUAUAAUUCAGAAUGUGUAUGUGCAUGUGUCGUUUGCAUGUUUUGUUCUCUAUGUCUAUCUUUUACUCAUAAUUUUCAUUUUCACAAUCUGACUGUCUUUUCAAGAACCCUAUUAACCCUCCUGAAAUAUGAUCCAAAAGGAGGACCACUUCCAGUCCGUUGCUACAAACAACAAGAUGACAGCUACUGGGUAGAGUUCACUCCAGAACAUCUUGGAACUCACACCAUUGAAGUGACGUUCGGAGAUGUUCCAGUCCCAGGAUCUCCAUUCAAAACUGAAGUCAUUGAUGUGAAGAAUGUGGAAGUUCGUGGACUCUCCGAGCCAAUCUUGCUCCGUCAUGCCACCACUAUCAAUGUUGAUCGCCGUAAUGCUGGAAAUGGAGAGCUCCAAGUUGAGAUCACCGAUCCAUCUGGAACACCACUCCGCACGGAAACUCUCAAGUCGCCAGGAGGCGAGGACCGUGUCACCUUCUUGCCAAACCAAACUGGAGAGCACAAAGUUAAUGUGAAAGUGGCUGGAUUCCAGCUCCCUGGAUAUCCACAGACCAUUUUGGUUAGCGAGCAAGAAAAGCCAACGGUCUACGGUGCCGCCGUGGAUCAAUCGAUCAAGAUCGGCGAGCCAGCUUCUCUAAUUUUCGAUCCAAAAAAGACUAACGGAGGACUCAAAAUCCAUGUUGCCGGACCAGACAGACAAAAGAUUCACCACAACGUGAUGCGUCGUCCGAACGGAACAUCAGAAGUCGUUUUCUACCCAGAAGAGACUGGACCAUACACAGUCAGCAUUGACUUCAACAACCGCCCAAUCUCAGGAAGCCCAUUUGUGGUGAAUGUUGUUGAUCCCACUAAAGUUAUUGUCAAUGACUUGGAUAUGGAUCGUGACGGAACUCUUUUGCUAAGACUCGGUCACUCGAACUCGUUUGAUGUCGACGCGACGGCAGCCGGACCCGGCAAACUUCGCGCGGAAGUUCGAGAUGCCGACAGUGCACUGCUCGGUAAUGGCCCGGUUGUCGAGGACAUGGGACAGGGAAAAUACCGCGUUCGAUUCAACCCGGAUCAACCUGGAAAGUACUCGAUCUACUUGUACUGGAACGAGUUGCCAGUUGAGAGCGCAUUCCCAGUUAGAGCCCGAUCCGCCGCCGAAGACCUUCCGACUACUUCACGUGCUGUUCGGGAACCAAUUCCACCACCAAUGACCACCACAUACCACACACGUGAAAAGUCGUCUGGUUCGAACGUCGAUGACGAGAUCAACAGAAUCAUGGUUAGAGGAGAUGGUCUUCACAGAGCUGUGCUCAAGGAGCACAAUGAGUUCAUCAUCGAUGGAAGUGACAUCAACAAAGAGGGACGCAUCACCGCCACUCUUCUUGGGUCUAAAGCAGAUAUCCCAGUCAGAAUACAACAACUCGGACACAACGUCUACAAGGCCACAUACACCCCACUGACUGGUGGAACCUAUGAGUUGCACAUUCUGUGGAACGGAAAGCACGUGAAAGGAUCACCAUUCGCUGUGUCCGCUGACACAUCCGCCCAUCUUGCUGAUCUCAUCGACGUAGAUGCUUCGACGUUGAAGAUUGGAAUUAUCAAUGAGAAUAUCAAGACGGUCAUUGACACUCGUCGUGCCGGAUCUGGACAACUCUCUGCUCUUUGCAUGGGACCAACCAAACCAGCAUAUUGUGAAUUAUAUGAUCAUAGAGAUGGAACAUAUGCACUCUGCGUCCGACCAGCCGAGAUUGGAAAGCACACCUUGGUGAUCAAGUACGACGAUGAGCAUGUUAAAGGAAGUCCAUUCGUCGUGCACGUCUCCCUGCCACCAGAUCCGUCCAAGGUCAGAGUCUACGGACCAGGAGUUGAGCACGGAAUUCUCUCCUUGUUCAAAUCCAACUUUGUCGUUGAAACCAGAGGAGCCGGAGCUGGACAGCUGACUGUUCGAGUCAGAGGACCAAAAGGAGCAUUCAAUGUGGAGAUGCAGCGAGAGAAGAAGAACGAGAGAACCAUUCACUGCAAAUAUGAACCAAAGGAACCAGGAGAUUAUCAGGUCGAAGUGAAAUGGCACGGCGAACACGUCCCCGGAAGUCCAUUCCUCGUCAUGAUUGUUGACACCGAGAAGGAACUCUCUCGAUUCCUCCGCGGCGAAGCACCAUCACCAACACCAGCUACCCCAUUCAUCCCACCUGGAUGGGUUGCUCAACCACCACCAAUGUUCCAAAUGCAACCUGGACAACAACGAUUCCUUCCACCACCCGGCCAUUUCGGACCGAUGGGCGUUUCAAGCCCAUACGGAUCUGUUCCCCCACCAACCAAACAUAAAGGACGCAAUCAUUAA